UCUCUUGUUUCAGGUUUGUGCAGUUGAUCGAGGUCUUUAUCUGAGUUUUGGGAUCUAAAGCCUGUUCAGAUAAGGUUCAGAAAAUGGCUUUGAGUUCUACAGAAGUCACUGUUCAACCUAAGGUAUGCACAUAUGCGCCUCCCCCGCCCCACCUAAAACGCAAGCAACUAAUGUGGCAGAAUGCGGUACGUCACAUUAUCGACCAACGAGGAAUGCACCACGAGGGACGAGUAGCCAAUUCUCACAAAAUCAUUGUUACCGAUGCCUACAUCGAUGACAUCAACAGGCAGAUUCGUAACAAAGCUGCACGGAGCACUGCUGGCAUGCACAAGCGGCGCUCCUCUGCGGCCCGCAUCCAUCCAUUACGAGAGCGCAACUCCACCUCCACUCGGAAGUCCACUGACUCGCUCAGUGACGCAGACUUCUUUGUAAGCUGGGGCUCCACGGUGCGUGGAGUCUUCCUUCCUGCUCUCCAACACAAGUUCAAAUCUCAUGAUCUCGAGCGUCUGUACCAGCAUCAUUCAUCUGGUCAGCGCCGAACUUCCCUUGUAGUCACUAAUGUCAUCGAUAUCCUUACCAAACUCCAUAUUCUCUUCAUUUACCUGGCAGUGGCCCCUGAGAUGGUGGACCUUCAACAAGGAUGGUUGGCUGGGCUCUUCAUGGCACUUGGAGCAGUCAUAUGCGUCUUAGUUCUAACCUAUAAAGGAUUGAUGUGUCCAGAUUACCUGCGCUAUGCUGGGCUGGCGAGUUGGCUCUCCCAGACUGUUCAGGCACUGGGUAGUUUGGUAUAUGGAUUGGAGAAGGACCAGUCCUGGUAUGUGCUCUUCACCCUGUUCGCCACCUACACGCUAUUGCCCCUACCUCUUCUGUGGUCCAUCUGCACUGGGUUCCUCACCGCUGCCUUGCACCUUUUGGUGGAUGCCCUCAGGAACUACAAUGACACGGCCAUUGUAAGAAAGUUACUAGCGAAAGGUCUGUUGUACAUGGGUAUGAACACCGCAGGACUGUUCAUCCACUACUUAUCGGAUCGUGCACAAAGGCAGGCCUUCCUUGAGACGCGACGUUGCAUUGAAGGACGAGUCAAGAUGGAGCAAGAGAACAAGAGACAGGAACGCUUGGUGAUGUCCAUUCUUCCUCGGUUUAUUGCUAUGGAGAUGAUUGGUGAUAUGACUUCUAUGGAUGAUGAAUUACUUCCUCAACAGUUCCAUAAGACCUACAUUCAUCAAUACAAAGACGUCAGUAUCCUGUUUGCUGAUAUAAAAGGCUUCACCUCUCUCUCCAUGACCAUGUCGGCUCAGGAAUUGGUGCGCACACUCAAUGAGCUGUUCGGUCGCUUUGAUCGCCUUGCUGAGGAGAAUCAUUGCAUGAGGAUAAAGAUUCUUGGAGAUUGUUACUACUGUGUGUCUGGGGUCCCAGAGCCCCAAACCGCACAUGCUCGCUGCUGUGUGGAGCUGGGUCUGGCCAUGAUAAACACUAUACGUUAUGUACGUAAGGAGCUGAAGAGAGAUGUGGACAUGCGUAUCGGGAUCCACUCCGGCUCGGUUCUGUGUGGGGUUUUGGGUCUGCAGAAAUGGCAGUUUGAUGUGUGGUCUUGGGACGUAGAUGUUGCCAACAUGCUAGAGGCUGGAGGAGUCCCAGGGAGGAUUCAUAUAUCACAAGCAACCUUGGACUGUCUAGAGGGUGUAUAUGAGACAGAAGAAGGUCGAGGCCAUGAACGGAAUGAGUUUUUACGCAAACACAAGGUCGACACUUUUCUGAUCCGCCAAACCCCACAGGAAGACAAGGAGCCUCCUAAAGUCCGGCGAACCAGCAAAGAUGAGACUACAUGGAGUGCUGAGCUUCCUUUUGAUAACAUCAUUGGAAUGAACUGCAUCUUAGCCACUUUCACCAAUGGCUCCCUGGUGCAGUUGCCCAAUCAGAUUAUUUCCCAUUGUGCCGGGUCUCGAGAAAUCAACAAGAGAAUCAAGCAGGCCAUCGAGGUGCGCAGUAGUGAGCGAAUGCGCAAGGAACACAUCACACCCUUCACGUUGGUCUUCAAAGACGCACACAUUGAGGGAAAGUUUUCUCAGAUGCGAGAUGAGAUGUUCAAGUCCAACUUGGCCUGCUCUUUCCUCAUGCUCCUCUUCAUCAUGGCUGUUCAGGCCCUCAUCCCCUCACCACAAAUCUGUCCUAUGGUAAUCCAGUUUUUAGUAUUCCUGUUUGUCUACAUGCUACUGCUUCUGGUCACACUGGCUGAGGAAUUUAAGCGCUCCCCACCAUACUUACAGCAUCUGUGCUGUUGGAUCCACGAGACCAAGAGCAUCCGUAACCUGCUCACCCUCGUCGCUAUUACUAUUAACUUCGGUGUGGCCUCCUGUGAUAUUUUGUGGUGUAACACAGUUGGAGAGGAUGAGGAAAGUAACAAGACCUCCAAACAAGGCUCACAGUGGACUGUGAACAUCUGCACCCAUCCUGAGUUCUUUGUUUUUAGUGGUGUGUUGGCCAUGGUGACGUGUGCUGUGUUCCUCAGACUCAGCUGUCUGUUGAAGCUGGCAGUACUGAUGUUAGUCAUUGCAGUUUACACAUACCUCAUUGAGGUAGCCUUCCAUGUGCUCUUUAUCCGCCAACACCAAAACGGCCAAAUUCAGAGAUCUCAGUACCUCAGACGCAAAGGCAUUUCUGUGUUGCUAAUGGCCAUGUUUGUUGUGGUCGUCCUUUACAACAGUAGACAGUUAGAAACUACAGCCAGGCUUGACUUCCUGUGGCGUCUGCAGGCCAGACAGGAAGUGGAGGACAUGAAGGAACUGAGGGAGCAUAAUGAGUGUCUGCUGUACAACAUUCUUCCUGGCCAUGUAGCUCGCCACUUUCUUGAGAGAGACAGGAACAAUGAGGACCUGUUCUCUGAAUCGUAUGAGCGAGUUGGGGUGAUGUUUGCUUCCAUUCCAGACUUUACAGAUUAUUACGAGAAGAAAGAGUUGAUUCAUCAAGAUGUGGAGUGUCUGCGUCUUCUUAAUGAGAUCAUCGCUGACUUUGAUGAGCUACUGGAAGAGCCUUACUUCCAGGACAUAGAGAAAAUCAAAACCAUUGGCAGCUGCUACAUGGCUGCUUCUGGACUGUCUCCUGAAAAACAGGAAUGUGAAGACGAGUGGGCUCACCUCAGUACGCUGGUUCUGUUCGCUUUGGCCAUGCAAGAAACUUUGAAAGAAAUAAACAAACGUACCUCAAACAACUUCCAGUUGCGUGUCGGUAUUUCUCAUGGGCCUGUAGUCGCCGGGGUGAUUGGCGCCACUAAGCCCCAGUAUGAUAUCUGGGGCAUGACUGUGAAUCUUGCUAGCCGAAUGGACAGCACAGGGCUCAGUGGGCGUAUUCAGGUCCCGGAGGGCACGAGCCGUAUCCUGGCCGACCACGGCUUUGUGCUACAGCUUAGAGGAGAUAUCUACGUCAAAGGGGUUAGCGAGCGGCGGGGAGGGGUCCGCACAUACUUUGUUAGCAGCAGGGAAAAGAGCUUAAACUACGGCGAGAGGAUCACCAGCAGAGGGAUCUCUCUCGGGAGGAACACCCUCGGUGCUGUGGUCUUUACCCUGGUGCAGGCCCGCAAGAAAGAGGAGUUACGAGAGGCCAGUGGAGGCUUUCAUCUCAUGGAGAUAACAUGAGUUUGGAUUGAAAACUGGACAGGAACCACAUUCAAUACCUCUUUUAGAGACUCAUGUCUCUUUCAUGAGUCAUUGCCUUUAAGUGAUUUUCCAUUUUCUCUGUAUUUCUUUGUAAAUAGUAAUAACUUUA